GCAUACGUCCAGUCCGAUUUCUAAAGUUAGCGCUGAAGACGCGGGCGUCUGAGUCGCUAAGUAGCGGGCAGAGCGCUCCAAAUCGCCCUGGAAACACGUUUUCCGUACAGCAACAUGGCCGCGCCCGUCGGCUCGUAGGAAAGGAGAAAUUGCUUUGCUGUGCAAGUGGCGUCUUUCAUGACCACUCUUUAGAAGGGUGCUGUUUUCAUAAUGCAAGUCUGGGAGGCGUCGUGCAAUUUUCUGACAGAGGAAGCGGUGAGGACACUAUCUUGAAUGACUCCCUGACUUGGAGGAUGUGGACCUAGUGGCCAGAUUCAAGGACCAAACAGAAAGUUGUGUGGAGGGCCCAGGAAGAUGGGAGGAUUCAAUUGAGAUUCCAGAAAUAAGAUCAAGUUUUAAUUCUCUUUUGGUAAAUUGGCUGAAAAUUUUGAAUUAACCCUGAAAUUAAAAGUUUAUAUUAAAACAUUACAUUUUUCCUUAAUGUAUCAUGAAUGUCAAAUUCUCUUUUGUUUAAAUGUCAAGUUUAUAUUCUUAUACGUGAAAUCUACCUGUGUAUAUGAAGUAUAUUUUUAUGGAAAUUCAGGACAUUUAAGAACUUAUCUGGAAAGUUGGGUUUUAUAUCUAGACCUUAAUUUCCAGAGUUUUUUUUUUUUUUUUUUUUUUUUAAAGAAGAAAAUGUCUGUGGUGCAUCAGCUGUCACCAGGAUGGUUACUAGAUCAUCUUUCUUUCGUUAACAACAUAAACUAUCAACUUCACCAGCAUCAUGAGCCUUGUUUGACCUCUUUUGGAAACUCUACUACAUUUAUUGCUUUUGACUCUACCUCUAAGCCAGAUUAUGAUGACAGAGGAAAUAGUGAAGUCUUCAUACAGAAAUAUGUUUUUCGAUCUGAGCUAUUUAAUGUCACCAAACCUUACAUAACUCCAGCUGUUCACAAAGAAUGCCAACAAAGGAAUGAAAAGGAGGAUCCAAUGAGUGGUGUUAAAGAAGAAAACUUCAAUUCUAUUAUUGGAAAGAAGCGUAAAAGAUGUGUUGUUUUCAAUCAAGGUGAAUUGGACGCUAUGGAAUACCAUACAAAGAUCAGGGGACUGAUUUUGGAUGGCUCUUCGGAGUUAAUCCAAGAAGGUCUCAAGAGUGGCUUUCUUCAUCCACUUUCUGAAAAAUGGAACAAGUGUAGUGAGCCCAUUACUUUACCACUUGAUACCUGCAAUUUGUCAGAAUUAUGUGCAAUGGCAAAGCAUUUGCCUUCUCUGAAUGAAAUGGAACUGCAGGCAUUACAAUUGACGGAAGAGGAUAUGUCUGUUACAGAACAGGAUUUAUUUUCACGGAUUGUUGAAAACAACUCUAGCUUUACAAAAAUUAUUACGUUAAUGGGACAGAAAUACCUGGUGCCACCAAAAAGCAGUUUUCUUUUGUCUGACAUUUCUUGCAUGCAUCUACUUCUGAACUGUAGGAAAACAUAUGAUGUAAUUGUGAUAGAUCCACCAUGGCAGAACAAAUCAGUUAAAAGGAGUAACAGGUACAGUUAUUUAUCACCACUGCAAAUAAAGGAGAUACUUAUCCCUAAACUGGCUGCUCCAAACUGCCUUGUUAUUACUUGGGUGACCAAUAGACAGAAGCACCUGCGUUUUGUAAAGGAAGAACUUUAUCCUUCUUGGUCUGUUGAGGUAGUCGCUGAAUGGCACUGGGUAAAAAUCACCAAUUCAGGAGAGUUUGUGUUCCCAUUAGAUUCUCCACACAAAAAGCCUUAUGAAGGUCUUGUACUGGGGAGAGUUCGAGAAAAAACUGCUGUACCGUUAAGGAGUGCAGAUGUAAAAGUGCUUCCUAUUCCAGAUCACAAGUUAAUUGUCAGUGUGCCCUGUACUCUUCACUCACAUAAGCCACCGCUUGCUGAGGUUCUAAAAGACUAUGUCAAGCCAGAUGGGGAAUGUUUGGAAUUGUUUGCUCGAAAUUUACAGCCGGGUUGGACUAGUUGGGGCAAUGAAGUUCUCAAAUUUCAACACAUGGAUUAUUUUGUUGCUCUGGAGUCUAGAAGCUGACUGUGGUCUUAAAGUUGUGAUUUUCUUCAGUUUUUCCCCACCCCUUCUUCCUUCAUUCUAACUGAUUGUUCCUUUUCUUACCAACCAGUAUGCUUAGAAAUGUAAACAGGACUUGGUUUUUCUGCAAAAGACCAUAAGUGACUAGUCUUUAUGUAAUUUUGAGAUGAAUUUACUUCAGUUGCAUUAGUAUUCCCCAUUAUUCCAGAUUCACUGUAAAUAAAAAGGCAAGCAGUUAGAAAAACGACAAGACUUUGUUAUUGAAAAAGUUCAGAAAGCAUGCACUGUGGACCAGAGGUCCUAAUUCUGCCCAUGGAUAUGUUUUGUUUGGCCCUGUGGUGUUGUAAAAAAAAUUUAAACCACCAUUCUAAAAAAUGAGGGAAUUUCACAUAAAGUCUAGAUUUCUGCUUUUCUUUAAACAUCAGAAACUCUGGCUGCACUGUGGUCUGUAUUCUUUCCUGGCAUCAGUAAGUAGGAACCACUGGUAGCAGCUCACUUGGGAAGGGACCUGUGUUUUGCAGUUUACUCCAUGCUACUCACUUGUGUUGUCUACUUGGCCCUUGUGCAACCUAAAUUUAUGACCUUCGGUAUACUGUUACAUUCUGGAAAAAAUACUGAAAGACCUACCAAGUCAUCAUUGUGUUGUGUUUAUGAAACAUUUUAGAGGGUUUUAAAUUGCAUUCAAGGUCACUUUUCAAGUGCUUCUUAGUUUUGCUUUGUUUUCUAGAAGAAUAUUUAAGAAAUAUUUCUUAUAAAAAUGUCAGAAAAUAAACAGUGCUUAUGAUUUAAAAGGUAUAUUAUUUACAGAUUUUCCACAAAUAUUUCUUUACUAAGUAAAAUAUUUUUACUGAAAUGAUUCUUUGAAAGGCAUGCUGAUUUAUUAUGUAUAAUCUUUUUUCAAAUUGAGAUAUAAUUUCACAUAAAAUUCUCCACUUUUUAGUAUAGUGUUCGAUGAGUUUAGAAAAUGUAUAUACAGUUGUCUAUCUACCACCAUAGUCAUAAUAUAGAACAUUUUCUUCACCUCCAAAACUCAUGUGUCCAAUUACAGUCAUUCCCUUCCUCCCACCCCUGGCCCUUGGUAAACAAUGAUUUGUUUUCUACCAUUAGUUUUGCUUUUUUAGAAUGUCAUGUAAACAGAAUCAUAGAAUAUGUAAUCUUUUGUGUCUGGCUUCUUUCCCUUAGCAUUUUGACAAAAAAGUAUUUAUACAAUUUACAGCUUUUUUAUAAAUAUUUAUCUGCUAAGUAAAAUGUUAGAUUGAAAUGAUUAUAUGACAAAAUUAAUUCAUUUACUGAUUUUGCCAAAGAGAAGUGUUAUUUUUGAAGUUUGUUCAUUCUUUGAGUGUGUGAAUAUGGUAAUAUAGGCUUAACUUUGUAUUUAUAGGGAUACUCUAACUUGUUACAGAAAUGGAAAAAGAUAUUAAACUCGAAGCAAACCUCUCCAAACCUCAUUUGAAACUCUUUCCAGCUUCUUGUAGUAUUUAUAGAUUUUAUGUAGUUUGUGGAAACAUUUUAUCCUCACCAAGUUUUUGGACUUUUAUUUUUGCAUCACAAAUCCUGAUACUUGAGAGAAAAAGAGAAUUUUUAUUCACUGAGUCUGGUAUUCAAAACACAGAAGUUUGUUUGUUUGUUUUUUUUUAAGAAACAGUGGUUCUAGUCUUACCUCUGCUCCUAAGGUGUACAAACUCUGGGCCUUGUUUGUAAUUCCUGUUUAAGUGUUGGGCUCUUUUUUGAACAAAGGAUGAUUCUGGAAAACGGAACAGUCACAUGCCAUGUGGGAACAAAAAGGCCAGACUAAGAUUAACCUUUGACUUCAUUACCAGAGUUUAGCCAACUGACCUAAUGAACUUUAUUAUCAAAUUUAUUUAAUAAGAUAUUUUCAUUCAGAGAUUUUUAUAUUACCUUUAAAACUUCUUAGGAUUUUCUUUUCUAUCGUAUUUUUUUACAGACUUAAAGUCUUUUAGGAUGCUUGGAAAUGCUCAGGCAAAGGGAUAGACCCUAUUACUCAGCUUUUAUUUGUAUCCUCUAGUCAAAGUUUGACGUAGUUUCUUUCAGUUUCUUGGCCACUUUAGGGAAGGGCCUUUUUUGUAUAGACGGUAAUAAGUUCAGUGUAGCAGUCUGCAUUCUGAAGCCAACUUGCUUAGGUUUGAACCCCAACUUUUUCAGCUAGUAGCUUAAGACUUUGAGAAAGGUAGUUAAGUCUCUAUGCUUUAGCCUCUUCAUCCAUAGAAAUGGGCAAUAAUAAUACUUAUCUCUCUUUAAAAAAAUUUUAUUUAUUUUUGAUAGAGAGAGACAGAGCAGAAGUGGGGGAGGGGCAGAGAGAGAGGGAGACACAGAAUCCGAAGCAGGCUCCAGGCUCCGAGCUGUCAGCACAGAGCCCAACGUGGGGCUUGAACUCACAAACCUCGAGAUCAUGACCUGAGCCAAGUCAGACGCUUAACCAACUGAGCCACCCAGGUGCCCUUAUAAUACUUACCUCGUAAGUUGUUAUGAGGAUUAAAUGAGUUGAUACACGUAAGGCACUUAGAUCUGGACUUGGAAUAUUUUAAGUGAUCAAUAAAUGUUUGAACUGCUUGCAUAUUUUUCAGUUUCAGGUCAAAAAGGUUUUCUAUCACAAUCUCUACUCAAAUUCAGGAGAUUCACCUGAAUACUCUCCAUAGAGUUUUUCUGUCUGAACAUCAUAUUUUCUUGAUCUUUUUCUUGAGAUCAGAUUUCCUAGCUUGUACCUGGUUUCUUACAUGAGGAAGAUUUGAAAUCAUUCCCAUUGUGGUCCUGCCUAAAAACAAGUAACUAAAAACAAAUUAAAACAAAGGCUAUAUUUAGUGUUGGGCUUCAGCUCUUGAUUGUGUACUGCCAUGCUGACUCUGAACUUCAUAGUUACUCCGCAUUGUUCUUUGAUGACUUCCAUAGGUGGUUAAUUGGUGGCCUUUCUGAUGUUUUUUCUACAUUCAGAGACUUUAGGCUCAUGUCAUGUUAAUUUUGGUUCAAAAUAGAUCUCUUACACUUUGCUAGAUGAUCUGUUACCCUUUAUAGGAACUUGGUUUUUAUGUGCAACCGCUGUGGACUGAAUGUUUGUACCCUUCCAAAAUUCAUAUGCUGAAACCCUAACCCUCAAGUGAUGGUACUUAGGGGUGUGGCCUUUGGAAAGCAAUUAGAGUUAGAUUAGGUCAUCACGGUAGGGCCCUCAUAAUAGGAUUAGUGGCUUUAUGGAACCUCACUCUGCAUACACACACCAAGAAGAGGCCAGGUGAGGACAGAACCAGGAAGAGAGAUCUCACCAAGAACCUGACCAUGCUGGCAUCCUGAUCUUGAGCUUUGACCCUCCUGAACCCUGAAGAAUAAAUGUUUAUUGUGUAAGCCACCCAGUUUAUGGUAAUUUGUUAUAGUAGCCUGGAACUGACUGAGACAGCCACCAAAGGGAUUUUCUAGUUGAUAAGGUAAAGACCAAGUAAAUAAGGCCUUUUUCUUCCAAUGGUCUGAAAGGCACCAGUGGGGAAUAGGAUUUUCCUCUUGGAUGUCAACAUUUUCAAGAGGCGAACAUUACUGUGGGCUGGUUGUUUUCUUGGAAGAGGACAGAGUUUAGUCCAUGACUUAGGUUUGGGCCUGGCUUUAAUUGCUCCCUUUGCUCUGUCCUUGUUAUAGGCUCUAUUUACUUUGUCCUAUUCUAGUUCUUCCAAUUCUGUGACUCAAACUCAUUCUUAUCAGAAACCCUAAACAUACCUUUUCAGGUUUGGUACCCUAGAGACAUAUCUUUAGUGAAUUUUUAUAUAUUCAGCUUUAGUGAGACUUUGGUUUUUUUCUUGAUAGUGAUUCAGAGGAGGAUUAUAAUUACAUUAAAGGGGCUUCCCUUCCCUGAAGAUGCUCUCCAGUUCACCUCAUUUGACUCCUAUCAUGCACCACUGGCCUACCGCACUCUGGGAAGCACCACAGUGCUGUUGGCAUAGCUCUCUGGUUAUCAGAGUUCUUGUACUUCAGUUAUGUCACUUUACCCUCAAAGCAGUUUUAUGAAGUUGUAGUUAUAAUGAAGGAACAGGUUCAUAGAGGCUAGCUGACAUGGCUAAUAAGCGAUAACUAAGACUUGAAUUCUGAUUCCUAAAUUAAGGCACUUUAUGUUGUAUCAUGUUUGCUAAUGAACCUGAGAUCUUAAUAAUAGGCUCAUUAGCUAAUAAUCAGAGGAUCUGUUGGGUGGCCUGAAGCGAUUUAGAAUGGUUUAUAUAUAAUGAUCCAAACAAACCUUUCUCAAUAUAUGAUAUCACCACUCUUGAAUUUUUAACACAGUAUUUUUUGUUAGAGAUUUUAGUGACAUUGGUUGAACUAAUAGCCCGAGUGCCACUCAGAAUCACUCAGAAUCAGACAAGCUGUUAAACCCGUUGACAUAAGCCAUUAGCACAUUUACCAUGCAAUCAUGUGUCCCUCAAUCAGAUUAGGCAUUUUAAGCUCACAUUUUUAAGGAAACUCUUCUGCAGAAUAUAGAAUUGGAUUUGAAGGCAGCUAUUCAAGUGGUUAGAAAGGAGAGAUUAAAUAAGGUAAGUACAGGUGCAAAUUAUUAUAUGUACCAUGGUGACCUGUUGUCAGUGUUUGGAUGUAUGGACCAACCCAGAACUCUGUAGGUGGUUUUAAUUAAAUUCAUGGCUCUAUUGACUAGUCUCCUCCAGCUUGAAAGCGAGUCAGAAUACCAUGAUAACUCCACAAUCAACCUUUCCCUCUAAAUAUUACUAGGAGUUUACCUAAAUCUUCUGGGGCUUCUGGGAACUUGAGGAGAACCUCUUGGACUUUUUCAGUAGCAGUCCAAGUCCUUGGGACUGUAUAAAAACCAAUUUAUCUCUAGGGGUGGAGAACAUGAGGAAAAAAUUUUUUUCAUUCACCAUUUACUUUUUCCAGUUAGGCUUUGGCCUGAUUAUCAGGUAACUGUGACACAACAUGGGACAAGUUUGGAUGACAGCUAAGGCAAAUGAAUGGUCACUUGUAGUAUUAAAAUCAUUUUUGGUCAGUAUCUUUAACAAAAAAUAUAAGGCACCCAGCUUGAUUUUUAGCUUCUUCUCCCAAAAUCACCCGCAUACAUCCUGAUUAUUAGUCAAACUGGACUGUUUGUUGUUACUUAAAUUUAGGACUCUCUACUUUUGCUCAUGGAUUUUCCUCAGUCAGAAAAAAAGACUAGGCUGUGGGAUCAGCUGGAUCUAUAUAUUGAGUCUUGAUAUUUAUCUUCUGAGUGUCUGAAUAAGUAUUUAUGCUAUCCUGUUUUCUGAGGAAUAAUAAGGGUAAUCUUUAGACCUAGUAGGAUUAUUAUGAAGUGAAGUAACAUAUGUGAAGGUAUCUAACAUAGGACCUGGUACCUAGAAGUUAUUCAAUGUAUAUGCUUAUUUCUCUGUAUUUACAGUCUUCCUGGCAACACCUUUUAUUUCAUGAUCCACUUUUUUCUUUCUUUCUAAAGGGAGGCUUUUAUACUUGCCCUUAGAGCCAUUUUCCACAUAUAUGGAUUAUCCAGAUAGGUUUUUCCUCACAUUUAUCAUGAAAACAGAAAGUGGUUUAUUCUUUAGGUGGAUCACUGAAAACAAACAAACAUAUAGAUGAAUUCAUAUCCUCUUGAAUACAUUGUGGGAGGUAGGAAAAAUUUUUAUUUAUGUUUCUCAUACCAGCAUAUACCUAGAACUGCCAAUAAUUAAUGAAUGAAUAAACUGACUCUUGGCCUCAAGUAUCUUUGAGUUAGGUAAGACUCAUGUUAGAAACCAUUAGAACAUAAUAAACCACAGUAUACAGUCAAAGACUAAAUGAUGGAAUAGGUGGAAAGUGAUGCACAAGUUUAGAGAAGCAGAUCACUUAGAGAUCACUAAGCAAUAUGAGAAACAGAGAACAGGAAACAAGUCUUGAUUAAAUUUUGGUUUAUUUACUAACUGUAGGAGUAACUGUGAUGAUGUUACUAGACAGUAGGCAGCUAAAAUGUGUGAGUUCAGAGAAGUUAAAAAGAAUUCUGUUCUUUCUAGAUUGUAAACUUCAAAAAUUUUUUCUCCAGAAAUCCAGAGGAUAUUAGUACAUGCAGUUUAUUUGAUCAAUUUAAUAGAACUAGAGGCUAAAUUAACUGAGGCUUUUUUACCUGCUUCUCUAGAUCUUCUACCUUUUGAAUGAGAAUGUUAUUUGGGCAUCUUUUCUAGAGUUGUCUAGCAGGAUUAUUAUUUUAAAUGUUUAUUUAUUUUGAGAGAGAGAGAGAGAGCAUGAGUGGGAGGGGUAGAGAGAGGGAGAGAGAGAAUCCCAAGCAGGCUCCACACUGUCAGCAUAGAGCUUGACAUGGGGCUCUAUCUCAUGAACUGAACUGUGAGAUUAUGACCUGAGCCGAAAUCAAGAGUUGGAAGCUCAACCAACUGAGCCACCCAGGCGCCUCUUGUAGGAUUAUUUUUAUGAUUCUAUAGCUGUAUUGAGGUAUAAUUGAUACAAAUUGUGUAUACUUAUAAUGGAUAGUUUAAUGAGCUUUGACUUAUGUGUGUACCUGCAAAGCCACCAUCACAAACAAGAUAAUAAACAUGUUAUCAUUAUCUCCCAAGAUUUUGUCAAGAUCCUAUAUAAUCCAUCUACCAUAACUACCCCUCUACAUUUUAUCCCUAGGCAAUCACUGAUCUGCAUUCUGUACCGUGGAGUUGUGUGCAUUUUCUAGAAUUGUACAUAGAUGCCCUAACAAAUUAACACAAUCAUAAUGGCUUAAAAAAACACUCAUUAUUAGUUUACAAUUUUGUAGGUCAGAAUUCUGGCAGUCUCACCUGGGUCACUGCCUAGGAUCUCAGAACACCAAAAACAAGGUGUUGUCUGGGCUGAACUCUUAUCGAGGCUUUAGGGAAAAUCCAUUUUUAAGGUCAUUCAGGUUGAUAGCCCAAUACAGUUCUGUUUCCUUGAUAGCUGUCAGCUAGGGAUCAACUCUCAGUCCUUGCCCAUGGCUCCCUCUAUCUUCAAAGUCACAAUAGCACUUUCAGUAACUAGCCUUCGACUCUAACUUCUCCAUGUGCUGUCAUCUAGAGAAAGUUCUCUACUUUUAAAGGGCAUUUAUGCUUAGAUUAGACCCACUUGAAUAAUCUCCCUUUUGUGAGUGUUAAAGUCAUUAUAUUCACAGGUUCCAACCAAAUUCAAAGGGGAGGAGACCUUACAGUUGUGAAGCUCUUUGGGAGUCUUUCUUAGAAUUUUGCCUACCAUGGGCCCAGCCUCUGGCCCCCAGAAUUCCAUGUCUGUCUCACAUGUAAAAUACAUUGAGCCCUUCCCAAGGUUUGCAAGGGUAUCAUUUCAUUAUAGCAUGAAUUCAAAGUCCACGAUCUCAUCUAAAUUUCAUCAACUUAAAAGCCCCAAAUCUCAUCAUUUAAAAAAUCUAAAUCAGGUUAGAACAGAAGCUUCUGGUAUAAUCCAUUAAGUACAGCUUCUGGGAAAAUUUCCUCUCCAUUUGUGGACCUGUGGAACUCAAGAAACAAGUGACCUGCUUCUAACACAACCAACAUACAAUAGCGGGACAGUUAAAGCAUUAGAGUUAUAGCUAUUCUAGUUAAAAAAGAAGAUAUGGGAAAAAAUGGCCUUACUUAAAUCCAAAUCAGUCUGAAAAUCUAGCCAGGUGAACUCUAGGCAGACUUUCUUGAUUAGGAUUCAAUAUAAGUUUAGUAAGGCCUGGCAAUAACCCUGGCUCCCAGCACUUAGGGCUCUUGGCUCCACCCUCUGAGCUAUGGUUCAUCUCUCUUGGCUUUGGUUUUCAUCCUUUGUGUCAUCCUUCCUUUUCUGUGAAAGGUAGCAUGUGUUUACAGCUGACUACUUUUAUCAGCCUGGCAGUAUAAUUGGAGUAUAAUUGACAGCUUUCUUUUAAUUUUAUACUCUCUCCCUUUCAGCCUAAGCUGGUAUAAUUUCUGCUGCUCUAAAAUUCUCAAGAACCUUGUGGACCUUGUUUUGAAUUCAAGGGGAUUCACUCAUCAGACAAGAGCCAGAUCCACAGAUUUUGAAAAGAUAAUCCCUUCUCUUUUUUUGCCUUUUCCUGAAAUGACUGAGGGCCAAUCCUGUUAAACUUCCUUGAGUCCUCUUGGUUGGUUGAGAAGAUCUAUUAGGAAUACUCUUCAUCUCUCUGAAGAAUUUUUUGUAUGCCUGAAUACUCUGGCCUUUUAAUCUUUCCAAGGUUUCAUCAAAGGGUUGGACAGUCACCUACCCAGCCAUUUCUUUAUGCCAUGAUUUCAGAAGCACUCUCUUACUUUUAGCAUAUUUUGCCACCUGGAAAGGCCAAGAAUUUCCUAAAUCAGCAUCUUGAUUCCUUAAGACGCUUCCCCUCAGUUUAUCUCCUUUUGCAUUUUACUAUAAGCAGCAAGAAGAAACUAGGAAGCACCUUCAACACUUUGCUUGGACAUCUUAGCUAAAUAUUCAAGUUUAUGACUUUUGAAUUCUGCUUUCCACAUAACUGCAGGAUAUGAUUUGGCUACAUAUUAUGCCUUUAUAUAACAAGGAUUUCCCUCCCCUAGUUUCCAGUGACAUGUUCCUUAUUUCUUCUGAGCUCUCACCAGCAUCAUCUUUAACUGCCACAUUUCUACUCAUAGUUUGUUCAGGACUUCAGUCAUCCUCCUCCAAAUUCUUCCAGUCUCUGCCCCCUGCCCAGUUUCAAAGUCACAUUUUAGGUAUUACCACAGCAUCCCACAUCUAGGUACCAGAGUGUGUGUCACUUUUUUUUUUUUUUUUUUUAAUUAUCGUGUAACAAAUUACCACAGACAUAGGGAUUUAAAACCAUCUUUUUUUUUUUUUAUUAUUAUUAUUAUUUUUUUUAAUCUCACAAAUCUGUAGGUAAGAAUUCUAGGUGGGCUAGACUGGAUUCUUGGCCUAUGGUCUCAAGGCUAAAAGCAACGGGUUGGUCAAGCUGGACUCUUAUCUGGAGGCUCUCAGGAAGAAUCUGCUUCCAACUUCAUUCAGAUGGUUGGCAGAAUUCAGUUCCACGUGGUUGUAGGACAGGUCGCUUGUUUCCUUGCUGGGCCACAGCAGUGGUUGCUCUCACCUUGCGGAAGCUGCACUCCCAUCCACUUUCAGAACCAGCAGCAGUGUGUCAAAUCCUUCUUGUGCUUCUGAUCGCUGCUAUCAGCCAGAGAAAAGGCUCUGCUUUUACAGGACUUAUGUGAUUAGGUUGGUCCAGCUGGAUAAUCUCCCUUAUUAUAUAGCAUAAUCAUGGGAGUGAUAUUUCCUAUUCACAGGUUCCACUCACAGUCCAAGAAGAGGGGAUUCUACUGGGUUACUGGGGGUCAAUUAAGAAAAUUCUUAAAAUUUUCCUAUAUUAAUUUUUUUGGUAGGCCUUUGUGGUGUUUUUAGUGUGGGGAAAUUAUAAAUAAAGUCUCUAUGAGCAUUUGUAUGUGAAUUUUGGUAUAGAUCUAUGUGUUCAUCUCUUUUGGAUAUAUACCUCAGGGUGGAAGGUCUGGGUCAUAUGGUAGGUAUAAGUUUAACUUUUUAAGAAAUAGUGUAUUCCAAAGUGAUUGUAUUAUUUUAUAUUCUCUACAAGCAGCAAAUGAGAAUUCCCGUUUACAUCCUUGUCAAUGCUUGGUAUGGUCAUUUAGAUUUUAGCUAUUACAUGAAGUAAUAGCUCAUUGUGGCUUUAAUUUGUAUUUUCCUAGUGACAAAUGAUUUUUAGCCUCUAUCCAUGUACUUAUUUGCUAUCUGUAUAUCUCCAGUGAAGAAUCUGUUCAAAUCAUUGCCUGUUUUUUAUUUGGUUGGUUGUUUUUAUAUUAUUGAGUUGUAAGUGUUCUUUAUAUAUACUUGAUACAAGUUCUCUGUUUAAUAGGUUUUAAGAUGUUUUUUCCUAGUCUGAGAUUUGCCUUUUAAUUUUCACAGCAACGUCUUUUGUUUGUUUUAAACUUUUUUUUUUUUUUUAAUUAUAGGUUCACAGGAAGUUGCAGAAAUAUAUGUAGGGAGGUCCUGUGUACCCUUUAUCUAGUUUCCCCCAAUGGUAACAUCUUGCAUCUUGAAUAACUGUUGUACAAUAUCAAAGUCAGCAAAUUGACAUUGGAGCUAUCCACAGAGCUUAUUUAAACUUCACCAGUUUUACAUGGACCAGUGUGUGUAUAGGGCUGUGCAGUUUCAUCACACAUGCAGAUUUGUGUAAUUAUCACCAUUGUCAAGAUACACAACUCUUACAUCCAGGAAUUAGGACAUGUAUAUCUUUGGGGUGCUAUUAUUCUGCCUGUGCUGGUUACAAAAUAUUGUUGGAAUUUUCAUAGGGAUAAAUUAAAUCUAUAUAUCAAUUUAGGAAAAAUUGAUGUAUUUACUAUAUUGAAUCUUUAAAACCCUGCUAUAGCUCUCUGUUUAUUUGGGUCUUCUUUGAAUUUUUUAAACAGUAUUUUGUAAUUUUCAGCAUACAGAUCCUUGCAUUUUUUUUUUUUUUUGACUUUUAGUUCUACUUAUGUUUAUCACUGCUAACCUGUCUUUCUCAAUCCCAUACCACACUGCCACCCCACUGUACAUGCUGUGGUCAAAUUUACACCUAAGCGUUUCAUUUUCUUUGGCACAAUUGUAAAUGGUAUUGUGUUUUAAAUUUUAGUUUCUGCAUGUUUUUGUUACUAAAUAAAAUGUGAUGAAUUUUUAUGUGUU